UCAUGCCUCAUCUCAAUGAUGUACUGAUGCAUGGAAACAUUUCAUUCCCGAUUAGACCUUAUUAUAUUAUGGAGUCCGAAAAUGGAACAGCCGAUACUAAGGUUUCCGAUUCUGGAUAUUCCAAUAGUAAUAGUAAUUCACAGAGAAGUGCGAGUUCAAAAUCUAGACAUAGUGGUAGCAAUUCUAGCAGAAGCAGUGGAUACUGUGGUACAACAAUUCCUGAUGGAAGUGAUACUGGGCCUCAAAUUCCUAAACGUAACAAAGAGAAGGAGCACAAAAAGAAAAAACUCAAAUCAGCAAGUAACAAUUACGAUGAACUUUUCGAAGUAAAUAAUUUUAUAACGUUACAAAGUGAAAUUAACUGCAAGGAUGCUUCGAAAGAAUUAUCUUUCACAGAUGUCCAAAUCAUCAUCCCAAAUCUAGAAACACCCAAACAAGCUGAUGAUGCGCAAAAGUCUGCAGAUGAAAAAGCGGCUGCAUCCCACUCUACAGCAGAAUCAAACAAAGUUGAAACUGAAAAGAAGGAGCAAACUGGAGAUGAGGUAUCGAAAACCGAGAAGGAAGAAAAGACUGAAAUUAUAAUCGAAGUAGACGAAAUAGAACCAGAUCAAAUUCCGUCAUCUGACAAGAACACUGAAUUUCAACCUGAGAAUGGAUUUUGCUGUGUUAUAUCAAUCAACGAUGGGGUCGUCCUUUACACUACACCCAGUUUAACCUCAGUAUUGGGUUUUCCAAAAGAUAUGUGGCUUGGCAGAUCAUUCAUCGAUUUCGUUCAUCCUAAAGACAGAGAAACAUUUUCCAGUCAAGUGACCAUGGGAAUAGCUUUGCCGUUAGUGAACUUAGAAGAUGUGAAAAAUUCGCUUCAUGUCUGUCUUCGAAAAUACAGAGGUUUGAAAUCCACGGGGUUUGGAGUAGUUGAAAAAUCCGUGUCCUAUCAGACCUUUCACCUAACGGUUACCUUCAAGAGGGUCGCAGAUGGCCCAGACAAAAAAUUUACAGACAACAACUCCAAUAUGUUCCUAGUUGUAGUAGCAGUUCCUGUGAAUUCCGCUUUCAAAUUACCUGAUGAAAAGAAGAAAUCCAACAAAUUCGGUAUGAAACAUACCUCUACCUGCAUGUUUAGUCAUGUUGACCCAGACGUUGUCACCAAUUUUGGUUUUCUACCACAAGACAUGGUGGGAAAAUCAGUUUUUGAUUUUUACCAUCCUGAGGAUAUGCCACUCCUGAAGGAAGUUUAUGAAUCAGUUAUGAGAAUGAGCCAAAUAGCUGGAUCAGUCUUCAGAAGUAAACCAUAUCGUUUCGCCGUACAAAAUGGAGGUUUUGCUCUAAUAGAAACUAAAUGGUCGAGCUUUGUUAAUCCCUGGUCAAGACGUUUGGAAUUUGUUAUAGGUCUACAUAGAAUACUGCAGGGUCCUAAGAAUCCUCAGGUUUUCGACCUUCCAAAAGAUGAUGAGAGGAAGCAUAUUUCGGAUGAGGUGAUGAAAAACGCUAAAAUCAUACAAAGCGAAAUUUUGCAGCUGCUCAAUAAAGAAAUCGCUAGACCAAAAGAAGUAGCGAAGCAUCAAGUUUCAAAACGUUGCAAAGACCUCGCCAAUUUCAUGGAAUCUUUGAUGACCGAAGUCAAAAAAUGUAAUCUUCAACUGGAAGUGCCUCAUGACUCUGAUCUCACAGUGUCGGAAAGAGAUUCAGUGAUGUUGGGAGAAAUUUCACCUCACCACGAUUACGAAGAUAGUAAAUCUUCCUCUGAGACACCACCAAGUUACAAUCAACUCAACUAUAACGAAAACAUCGAAAGGUUUUUCCAGAGUAAACCAAAAACUACAGCCUCAGAUGGGAGUGCUGAGAGAGAUUGUACAAUGGCAAACAAUUCGGAGGCUGAUGUUGAAGGAAAAACUUCUUCCUACGUUAAUGAUAAUUCACACAAUCAAAAGUGCCUUUCCCCUAUUCAAAAUAGUGGUACUUCUGGAAGCGGUAGUGCUGGUAAUUUAAGCUCAGAAAGUAGCCAUCUUCUAGAAUUCAGAACACCAAGUGCUAAAUCGAGUGAUUCCUACAAACCACCCCCUCUAACUGAAGACAUUCUUCACAACCUUUCUCUUCGUAGACACAAUGAGUAUAUGGAAAAAAUCAUGAUCAAAAAGCAUAAGGAGUAUAGAUCGACAAACAAGGAGACUAAAAAGAAUAGAGAUAAAGCCGAAAAAUUGCUAUAUAGUGCAGAUAAAGCGAAUUUCGAAGAUAAGGAUAACACAAUCAACUAUAAUCAAGGCGUAAAGCGGGCUGGAUCCCAUUCUUGGGAAGGUGAUAACCAUAAAGUAUCGAAACAUAAACACCAGAUAACUUCAAUGAAUAAUACAUUAACCCCAGACUCUCCGACGAAUAAUUCACCUCCCAAAAACACCAACAUACCUGCACAAAAUCUUCCGAACGCCCCUUCGAAUGGAAAUUACCAGCAUCCAGUGAUAAGCGAUGUUAAUCUGUGGCCUCCAUUCUCAGUUACUGUCACACCAAUCAGUAACAGUAACUGUAAUAUAGCAACAACGGCAGGAGGAACAGGAUUUCAUUCGGGAAUGUUCCCUGUUUAUUAUCUACCUACCCAAAGAACUUUACCGGAUUAUUUCAAUUCAUCCAAUCCAACAAGAUAUCAAGUUCAUUAUAUGCCUGGGAUGAUGUACAACUACAACGCGAUAUUUCCUGAUCCGCAACCAAUCAUGUGUUUUCCGGUCCCAUUAGUACCACAUCCCGUACAUUCAUCAAUAACUCCGAUAUCCCAAGACGCCCACCAAACCAAUGGGAUUCAUAUGAACAAUUCCGUUCAGGCGUCUCUGAAUCCAGAACUGAAAUCAAGCCCUUCUGGUGGCGUCACAAAUGCUCAAUUCCAAAGACCAGCUUCUCAAGCUACAAGCGUCAAAGCAGAACCAGGAAGUGCGAUGGGAUCAAUUUCUUCAGCCAGUGUCGCCAACAAGGCCCUGUCAGAAUGUUCGCGAAAAGAUUUAGUCUUACCAUCAGUAUGUUCCCCAAGCUCACCUCUAGUUAGUCCACCUGCUGGUGAUGGUGAUAUGGAAAAUUACAACAUGAAUGCAAAGAGCAAGGAUGCUAUGAAAAUACAAAGUGAUUAUCGUGACAACACAACAAUGGAUGAAGGAAGCAGCUACUACUCAUCUUCAUAUUCUUCCUUUUUCAAAACCGACACCGGUUCUGGAUCCAACGAUGAUUCAAACACUAUGGAUAUCAAAAAUUUGACGAGCGAUGAUAACUCGUGGAGAAAAAAUAAAAACUUCCCAAUCAGAAAGAGGGAUCCCCCUUGGCUCAAAUCUGUAUCAGUCAACCCUGAUCUAGUAUAUAGGUACCAAAUGGCCGUCAAGGAUGUAGAAAACAUUCUGGAAGCGGAUCUUAAAGCUUUGAACGGAAUGAAACAACCUGAAGCUGUCAACAAUCAAUUAAGCCAACUAUACCAUCAGAUGGAACGGGGAGGAAAACCCAAAAAAAUAACCUCUGACGAAGCUUUUUUGACUUCGAGCAGCAGUAGUAGCGACGAACCUUCUUUCACCAACAUUCCUAAAGAAGGAAAAAAGAAAAAAUCUUACAGUUCACUGAUCAUGCUCUAUGAAGAGAAUGCCCCAUUACCUUCGCCCGAUAAAUAAUCGAAUCCAGAAGGUUUUUCUUCGUUGGAUCACAUUUAUAUUUUUAUACUAUGUAUGGUAGAUAUCAAUUAUAUCUGCUAUAUGGUUUUUGGAAUUUUUCGUGUUCCUUGAAUGUAUUCAAUGUGUAUAAUUACGAGUACAUAUAUACAAAUUAACUUUACCUGAAUAUUUAUAAAUUCCAAAUAUGUUGUAUCAAUAUUUUUAGCUUUCCAUAUUUUUCCAUUCAACCACUAUGUAAUAUUGGAAAAAAUGACGUGUAUUUGUAUCAAAAUUACUGAUGAAUAUGUGAAAGCACAAGUUGUGGAAUUGGAUAAUCAGGUAUUUUUCGAAAUAAUGGCAGGAUUUGUAUGCUAGCUGUAUUACCAUAAAUAAAUUUGUUGAUUACUA